CGUAGAUUCGGCAUUUGCCACAUGUAUAUUACAUCAGUUAACUAAAUUCCCUUAAAUUUGGUUGAAAUCUUUAUCAAAACGGCAAAUUUACAUUAACAAAAUGGUGUUAUCGUGUCGGUUCUACAAGCAAAAAUAUCCGGAGGUUGAGGAUGUUGUCAUGGUCAAUGUUCGUUCCAUCGCUGAGAUGGGAGCAUAUGUGUACCUGCUGGAAUACAACAACAUCGAAGGAAUGAUUUUACUGUCGGAAUUGUCCCGUCGACGUAUCCGUUCGAUUAACAAACUGAUCCGAGUAGGUAAAACGGAACCGGUGGUUGUUAUUCGUGUCGAUAAAUUCAAAGGUUAUAUUGAUUUGUCCAAACGACGCGUUUCGCCGGAAGACGUGGAAAAAUGCACGGAGAGAUUUGCUAAAGCCAAAGCUGUGAACUCGAUUCUGCGGCAUGUAGCGGAUAUGAUGAAGUUUACCAACGAACAGCUGGAGGAGUUGUACGAAAAAACAGCUUGGCAUUUUGAGGAAAAGCUAAAGAGCAAAGCCGCUGCCUAUGAUGUUUUCAAGCAGUGUGUAAUUGAUCCUACUCUUCUUGAUGAAUGCGGCCUGGAUCCAGAAGUGCAGGAGUUAUUGUUGAGCAACAUUAAGCGAAAACUAACCUCGCAAGCCGUUAAAAUUCGUGCCGAUAUUGAAUGUGCUUGUUACGGUUAUGAGGGUAUUGAUGCUGUUAAAGCUGCUCUGCGAGCAGGAUUGGAACUCUCAACCGAAGAACUGCCCAUAAAAAUAAACUUGAUUGCACCUCCGUUAUAUGUCAUGACAACCUCAACACCGGAAAAGGCCGAUGGCCUGAAAGCACUGGAAGUCGCAAUAGAAAAAAUAAAGGAAACAAUCGAGGAACUUGGCGGUGUGUUCAAGGUUCAGAUGGCACCGAAAGUCGUCACGGCCACUGACGAAGCCGAUUUGGCACGCAAAAUGGAACGAGCUGAGGCAGAAAAUGCGGAGGUGGACGGUGACGACGAAGAGGAUGAGGACGAAGAAGGUAUCAAGUAUAAUCCGGACGGCGAAGAGGACGACGUUGAUGGUGAUGAUAAGGAAAAUAGUGCCGACGAGAGUGAGGACAAGAAAGAGGAGUAAACUACACAUACCAGCAGUAGUUGAAAGCAAAUAAACAACUGAUCAGGAAGGAGUUAUUAGAACACAGCAACACGUCGUUUAUUCAGAACGCCGUUUACUAACUUUAAUUAUUUAAUAGAAAUUUACGAAUCAUAGGUCACAAUCAUUUGUUUUCCAAGAUUGAUGUUUUGUAAUUCCAAUGAAAGCAGUUUGUCAGUUUUGCUUGAAUAUCUCAACAACAAAUAUACCAGACGAACGAAAGUAUUUAAAUUGGUGUUCAA